CGUGGGUUUAUAUAUAGGGAGAGCAGCGCACUUGGCCCAUCCUGUUUCUUUUUGAAAACAGAAAAAAGAGUAAUGGUGGCUUCAUUUAUUUAAGUUAAUUUUAUAAAUGUAAGGGUUGUUUUUAUAUCGUUUCGGUUUUGUUUUUGUGUUAGACUAUUAAACUGAAAUGUCAGGUUGAUUGUGUUCAGUUUACUGUGCGGCUUUGGUGACGCCUAGAAUAAACGGAGCGCACAUGGAGCAAAUGUACAUGAUGCCCAACCCUGGCCUGCCCAGUUACCCACCUGGGCUUGAGUACCUGACACAGGUAGAUCAGCUGCUGAUUAAACAGAAGGUGGAGCUCAUAGAGGCUCUGGUCGGCUUCGAGAGUAAUAACAAGUAUGAAAUCAAGAACUCGAUGGGCCAGAACGUGUUCUACGCAGUGGAGGAAAACGACUGCCUAACGAGGCAGUGCUGUGGCCCUCUGCGCUCCUUCAACAUCCGCAUCCUGGAUAACUUCGGCCAGGAAGUGAUCACGGUCGGCCGUCCCCUCAAGUGCAUGUCCUGCUUCUUCCCGUGCUGUCUGCAGGAGCUGGAGGUUCAGUCUCCACCAGGGAACAUUGUGGGGUAUGUGCUCCAAGAGUGGCAUCCUUUCUUUCCUAAAUUCACCAUCCAGAACGAGCACAGGGAGCCUGUGCUGAAGCUGCGGGGACCCUUCUGUGGCUGGAGCUGCCUUCCAGAUGUCGACUUUGAGAUUUUGACCAUGGAUGAAGUGAGCAUCGGGAGGAUCAGUAAGCAGUGGACAGGGCUUCUCCGAGAGGUCUUUACCGACACCGAUAACUUUGGGAUCCAGUUUCCUAUGGACCUCGACGUCCGAAUGAAAGCAGUGAUGAUUGGACUCUGCUUUCUCAUUGACUUUAUGUAUUUCGAGUCGAACAACUAACGCCUGAGCGGGAGCAUGAGGAACGAAAAGAAGCAGGAAGAACGAGAGUUGCAGUCUGUUCCAGAUAGACAACUCGGAUGAGUUUGUCAAAGUUCUGCGUGUCUGCGGGUUUAUGGUUACAAUUCAAGAUUGCAUAUGCUUAGCCAGGAUUAUACCGUAAUCGCCCGCUUUACCGCGGUUCGAAUCUCACGCCCCCGGUUGGUUUACCGUGGAAUUGCGUUUUUACUUUGGCUGAUUUUCCCGGUCUAUCUCAGAUAGCACGAUAGACCAAAAAACAUAUAGGGGAUUGUUUUAAUGGAGUUUGAUGUUGAAAUAAUGGAAUUUAUUCAUAAAAAUGGUAUUAGUUAUUAAAUUUUAUAAAUUUAUAAAUUAAAGUAAAAUAUUAAUACAGUACAGUAAGCUAAGAAUGCGCUGAUGUGUAUCUCUAACUCCGCCUCCUUUUUGACAUCAUAGGACACUUCAACCAAUAAACAAGCAGAGAAACUACGCACUGUAUUAUACAUGUACUCACUAUAAAUGUGAUACAGUCCACUGCAUUUCUACCAAUUGCCACAAAAUUCAUCUCGCUAUAUUCUAGAAAUAACAAAAGUUUGAACAAUGAGAAAAAUGGCCUGGCAAUAGAACAGGACAAUUUCAAGUUUAAGUCAAAUGAAUACAAAGAAUGUGAAUUAUAGUGGAUGAUAAAUUGUCAUCUAUAUUUGAUCUACUGGAACCUUGUCAUUGGAAUAAUAGGACUAAUGUCAGAUAUUUCUUUCUAUUCCAUUUUUAACUUUUUUUGCCUUCUUGCUUUCACUCGUUCCACAGUCUAGGGUUGUAAGACUGGUAUUUAACUGGUCAGUCAAAUAAAAUACAGGAAUAAUAGCACCACUAUAAAUGCAUUGCUCAUGGUAACAUGGACGUUUCUUUCUCGCUUUCUUACUUGCUUUCUGAAACCUGCUUCCUGAAACGGACCCCCACUGAUUCUUUAUUAAAUCCAUAACCUUUAUAUAGAGAAUUCAUAGACAUGUACUGGAAAAAAAGUUUAGAUUAGACAUAUACAUUGUGUUUUUUUUUUUUUUUUUUAUUUAAUGUCAUGGAGGUUGAGUUUCUCUGAAUCAUUAUCUAGUUUGAAUAUGUGCAAUGAUGCUUUGAGUUAAAUCCCCUAACAGCCUGCCUGCCUCAGACGAUAAAACCUGUAGAUAACCGAGAGCUGUAAGUGUGCAGUGUAAAGGUGUAGUGAUUUUGGCUUGUGUUCCUGCUUAACAUAAAAAUCUACAAAUGCAAAAGUAGAAGGUUUAUGACUGGCACUGCAGCGUACUCUAACGCUCAGACUACUGACCAAAUUGUUAUGAUUACUCUAUUCUAUACCACAGCACUGUGGAAGUGAUUCUCGGUUUAUUUUCUGUAACAGCAGCACAGAGAGUAGUGCUAACUCUAAAGCCCGCCCGAACAAAUGACUAUAUUAAUAGUAUCAGCUAUUUAAUACGGACAGUCUGUUAUUUAAUAUGGUGACGCUUUCGGUAAGAUGUUUAUAGAACAUUUAAUGGAAAUAGACUCCAGUGUCAAGUCUUCAUAAAAAGACUGUAUACUUUGCUUUCAAGCUUUCUUUUUUUUUUGUAUAAAAAAUACAUUGAUUUAAAGAAAGGAAAGAAUUGUCUACAGAAUUAAAGGGAAUUACUGUAGAAAUGUAUCAUCAACUACAGCAUUUAUAAUUAGAUGCAAAUCAUUUGCUGUGGUAUAAAAGGAAUAAAACAGGAAUUCUGCUUGGCUGUCGUGACUGGAAAAAGAAAACCUGUAACAUUUACAUACAUAUACAUUUACUUUUUUUUUUUUUUUAUAUAUAUAUAUAUAUAUAUAUUUCAAUCAAUAAUAUACAUCACUGGAAAGCCAUUUUCCAUCUAAUAAAUUUUUUCAUAUAUGCUACUGUAUUAAUUAUCUAUUUAUUUUGUCUGUGUGUAUUUUCAUUAUACUUGUUUCAAUAGUAAUUCUUCUGCUUUUUUAUUAUUUUUUCCUUUGGCAAACUUUUUUUUUAAAUAAUUGUAGUACCAAAUGUUUCCGAUAGAGGGCAGCAGCAGCCUGUUUAACCCGUGCACCUACUAUCUACACUGUAUCCUUUUUUUUUUUCUUUUUUUUUAUGCAAACGUACACUUUUUUUUGUUACUCAGGUACUCAUGCAUGCAACGUAUGCUUGCACUUUAUAAAUCUCCCUGUUGUUCACUGGAUGCCGGUUGUGCUAGUUGAUACCGAUUGUAUUCUAUGUACUGACUUGUUCUACAGGUUUUUAUUAAAAAUCAUUUAUUUUCAGCUUUCA